GGAGAAACAUCAUGUCAAGAGUGAAGAAGAUACUCACACAAACACUGAAGAUAGUUUUUCAGUGGAAAGAGCAGCUGUGAACUGUUUGACCUGCACCCAGUGUGGAAAGAGUUUCAGCCACCAAUGCUAUCUCGAGCGUCACAUGAUGAUCCACACUGGAGAGAAACCUUACAAGUGUUCACAAUGCGACAUGAGAUUUGAUUAUUUAGUAAAGCUGAAAACACACAUGAUGAUCCACACUGGAGAGGAACCUCACAGAUGUUCACACUGCCACAGGAUAUUUAUUCAUCCAGGAAACCUGAAAACACACAUGAGAAUCCACACUGGAGAGAGACCUUACAAGUGUUCACACUGCGACAUGAGAUUCAAUAAUUUAGGAAACCUGAAAACACACAUGCUGAUCCACACUGGAGAGAAAACACACCAAUGUGAGCAGUGCAGCAAAACAUUUUUGAGGGCUUCAGAGCUGAAGAACCAUCUUAGAGUUCAUACAAGUGAGAGGCCUUAUUCCUGCUCUGAGUGCGGAAAGACUGUUAUUACAGCUAGAGCCUUGAAAAUGCACCAGAUGAUUCACACUGGAGAAAAACCAUUAACAUGUACUCAGUGCGGGAAAGGUUUCACACAAAUGUCACACCUUAAUGAACACAUGCUGGUUCACACUGGAGUGAAAACUCACAGAUGUGAUCAGUGCAGCAAAACAUUUUUGAGGGCUUCAGAGCUGAAGAGACAUCUUAGCGUUCAUUCAAACGAGAGGCCGUAUUCAUGCUCUGAGUGUGGGAAGAGUUUUAGACAUCCGACACAUUUAAAAUACCAUCAGAAGAUCCACACUGGUGUGAAAGAGUUUGUGUGCUCUGAGUGUGGGAAGAGUUUUUUUAAAGCUGCGGACUUGAGACGACACCAGAGGAGUCACACUGGAGAUUUCAAGUGUUCACACUGCGACAAAACAUUCAGACGUUCAGGACACCUGAAAACACAUGAGAGGACUCACACUGGAGAAAGAAAUCACGAACAAAGACAGAGUUUAUUGAAGGACAGUGAGAAGAUGAGUGAUCCAGAACCCUGCAGAAUUAAACAGGAAGAGACUGAAGAACUAAUAGAUGUAAAGGAGGAGAGUGAAGAACUGAGUGAAGAUGAGAAGAAACAUCAUGUCAAGAGUGAAAAAGAAGCUCAAUCAGAGAAUGAAGAUAGUCUUUCAGUGGAAGAAACAGCUGCGAAAUGUUCCGCCUGCACUCAGUGUGGGAAGAGUUUCAGCAGCAAAUGCUAUCUCAAGAUUCACAUGAUGAUCCACACUGGAGAGAAACCCUACAAGUGUUCACACUGCGACAAGAGAUUCAGUUGUUCAGGAAACCUUAAUGAACACAUGCUGAUCCACACUGGAGAGAAAACACACAAGUGUGAUCAGUGCAGCAAAACAUUUUUGAGGCCUUCAGAGCUGAAGAACCAUCUUAGAGUCCAUGCAAACGACAGGCCUUAUCCAUGCUCUGAGUGUGAAAAGAGUUUUACGCAGAAAUCCCAUUUAAAAGAGCAUCUGAAGAUCCACAGUGAUGUGAGAGAGUUUGUGUGCGUUGACUGUGGAAAGAGUUUUAAAAGGGCUGAACAUCUAAAACGACACCAGACGAUCCACACUGAAGAGAACACUUAUGAGUGUUCACACUGCAACAGCACGUUCAUACUGGCCGGUACCCUUAAACAUCACAAAAUGACUCACACUGAAGAGAACCCGUACACUUGUACUCAGUGUGGGAAGAGUUUGACACAAAUAUCAAACAUUAAUGGACACCUGCUGCUCUACACUGGAAACAAACCACACAAAUGUGAGCAGUGCGGCAAAACAUUUUUUAGGCCUUCAGAUCUGAAGAUCCAUCUGAGAGUUCAUGCAAUGGAGUCGGCGUAUCCAUGUUCAGAGUGUGGGAAGGCUUUUCUUACAAAUAGACAGUUGAAAGAACACAAGAUGAUUCACCCUGAAGUGAAACCGUACAAGUGCUCACACUGCGACAAAACCUUCGGACAUUCAGGACACCUGAAAACACAUGAGAGGAGCCACACUGAAGAGAAACCGUACGAGUGUUCACACUGCGACAAGAGAUUCAGACGUCCAGAACACCUGAAUACACAUGAGAUGAGCCACUCUGGAGAGAAAACACACAAAUGUGGUCACUGCGGUAAAGCAUUUUUUAGGGCUUCACACCUGAAGAACCAUCUUAGAGUUCAUACAAACGAGAGGCCCUAUCCGUGUUCUGAGUGUGGAGAGAGUUUUAAACAAGAAUCACAUUUAAAAAAACAUCAGAAGACCCACACCGGUGCGAGAGAGUUUGUCCGCUCUGAGUGUGAGAAGACUUUUAUUAAAGCUGCAGACUUGAAACGACACCAGAUGACUCACACAGAAGAGAGACCAUUCACAUGUACUCAGUGUGGGAAGAGUUUUGUCCAAUCAUCAGACCUUAAUAAACAUAUGCUGAGCCACACUGCAGAGAAAAAGCAGAAUGAAAUUUCCCUUCCUGUAAGCUCUACUGUAUAUUCACAAACACCAAAUUUCGCAGUUAAUCAGCCCCUGUUAUACAUUAUACAAGCUCCUGUUUUGGUUUUGGGGUCUCCAACAACAGGCUGAUGUGAACACGAGCUCAAAUAACACUGUUAUUGUCUUAUAAUAUGCAGUUAAUUUUACCAAAUGACCCCAACGACUCCCAUAUGAUUUGUUUAGCGAUUAAUAUUUUCCAAACUCUUCUUUUGUGUGACGCCAAUCUGCUGUGAUUGGUUGAUUGCGUUCAACGCAAGACUCAUAGGAAACAACCACCACGGCUUAUUAUUAUAGUGGAGAAACUAUGACGUCAGUUUGUAUGCAGAACCCUGUAAGCAGUUAGCAUGUUAGCAGUUCUGGGUCCCUCGUCCCAGAGUCAGUGGGUUAUUUGAAUGGGAUUUUGGUUAAAUGGCUGAAAUAAGGUUGGUGGCAAACACAAACUCAAGAUACUUUCACGAUUUAUUCUACGACACUAAACACAUCACUCUUGACUUUUUAAAUUGGUUUUGCUUCUGUAAAAUGAUGGUUGCUCAAUGGGUCUACAGACUCAUUAUACGUCAUCGAGCUGAACUGGUCUGGAAUGAAGCCCGCUUUUACAGCUUGUGUUGGGCGUUUGGAUUUUGUCUGUUUUGGUUCAGUAUUUUCGAUAAUAGUGUUUCAUAGUUUGUAGUGUUUAUCUAAUUAGGGAUUCAUAUUGUGUGUAGAGAGCGACGCGGUAGCGCAGUAGGUAGUGCUGUCACUUUACAACAAGAAGGUCGCUGGUUCAAGCCUUGGCUUGGUUAAUUGGCAUUUCUGUGUGGAGUUUGCAUGUUCUCCACGUGUUUGUGUGGGUUUCCAUGUGGGUGCUCCGGUUUUCCCCACAAGUCCAAAGACAUGCUGUACAGGUGAAUUGGGUAGGCUAAUAUUGUCUGUAGUGUAUGUGUGUGAAUGAGAGUGUAUGAUAUACCUGCCAACACUCGUUUUUCCCGGGAGUCUCCCGUAUGUCAGACUUACCUUCCGGUUUGUCAUUUCUCCCGAAAAACUCCCGAAAUUUCAACUCCUUCCCCCGCUCCUCAGGUGUUUGGUAUAAUAUUUAGAGCAUCCUUUCCACUGCACAUGACAAGUGUCAGACCGGAAUUCAUUCAUUUCUAAUGGAGAGUAGUCAGGGAGCUGCGUCGAUUUCCGAUCAUCUCUGUAUACGUAAAAAUUCGGAUCCGAAUUGAGUCGCAGAUCUGUUGAAAUAUUUUAACUCCUGCAACUCGACAGUAAAAACCUUUCUGUUUAUAAAUGUAAGUAAUAAAGUAGUAAAAAUAUCAUUUUUAAUGUCUUGGUCCUAACCUUCGACCACCGCCUGUUCCACAAUGCACCAACCCCCUUACGACUCUCCCUAUAAGUGGUGGGCCUAAAGAAGGAUGGUCCCAUGUCGCUCCUUAGGGCUGAACCCGGCCUGGUUUCAUGGAAAAAAAACCCGGCCACCAGGCGCCCGCAUACGAGCCCCAACUCGUGGGUGGUGCCCCAGCUGCGCCAUACUGGGCGAGGUGGUUUGCCAUCUCCAGGUUGGAGGAAAGACCUUACUCCAGGUGGAAGAGUUCAAGUAUCUUGAGGUUUUGUUCACGCGUGAGGGAAGGAUGGACUGUGAAGUUGAAAGGCAGAUUGGUGCAGCGGUAGCAGUAAUGCGGUCGAUGUACCGGACCAUUGUGGUGAAGAAGGAGCUAAGCUGAAAGACAAAGCUCUUGAUUUACUGGUCAAUCUAUGUU